AUGUUUAAUGAUCAAGACUUGGGGUUUUUCGCCAAUUUUCUUGGCAUAUUUAUAUUUGUUUCGGUAAUUGCAUACCAUUUCGUGAUGGCUGAGCCAAAGUAUGAGGGCAACUAAGGAGUUGGUUGUCGAUAUGGAUGGAUUGAGAUGUCUUAAUAAUCUCUUAUCCGAAAGUAGAACAUGUUUAUUAUUUUUGUUGACUCGGACGUAAUGAUAGAGAAUGGGAACAUUUGUUAAGAACUUCCAAGUCUGAUGUUUGGUACCUAUUACCUAGUAUAUUAUUUAAUCCUUUUUAUCUUAA